CAUCAACGAACUCAUCGUUGACCAUGGCGUGGCUCGUGUUAUACGGGGCGCGCUGGGAACCUGGGAAACAUAUACCUCGAACUCGCCCACAUCUUUUUGUCGACCGGUCAAGGAGUCGCUCAUUGAAUUCCCCUUCGCAGCACAGACAUACUCACUCUAGUCACUCUCUUCAUUGCGCUGUUAUUACCUCGAGGCUGCGCAUUGCUCUGCCCUUCGCUUCUCUCGAUAAUCUAGAAAUCACAAUUGCAACAACCAACUCGGAAUGAAGGCCACUAUCAAAGCGCUAGGUCUCCUAGCGACUGCUGGCUCAGCUGCCGCAUCAUGGACGGAUUGGUUCGAUCCCGAUACCACGGUCACGGCCACGAUGACGAGAACCACGGCAUACUGCCCAUGUAAUGGCGAGGUCAGGGUAACUCCUGUCGGACCCGGUCAGGGCAACGUGAAUGUGUGGACCACGAGCAAGAAUGCUGUUGGCCCGAUCUUCACGGCGACCACCACCACUGUUCCGGGCAAGACAAUCACCAAAGCGGGUCCCAUCGUGGUCGUGUUUGAGACUGGGGGUGUCAUGACGACGAAGACCGGUAUGGCUAUCGAGCUGAUCAUUCCACCAACGGACCCUGCAAGCUCGACGGUGUACGUGACUAAGACUGUUUGGACUGGAGCUCAACCCACCAACGACCUUGCCUGGGUUGACUGGAAUGAUGAUGAUGCUGUGGACGGCGCGACAUUGACCAGAACCCACACAGCUGAGACAACAGUCUACGAGGGUGUUACUGCAUUCCCUACUCAGACUGACGAUGCGUCCUGGUCAGACUGGGCUGCCACAACCAACACUCAUACAGUCACCACCAAUACGACCGUGACCGUCAGCCCAACCCAGGGCACCACGAGUACCACGAGCAACGGUGUUGGACCCAUUGGCGGUUCUACAAGCACUUCUUCCUCUGCAACAAGCAGCAGUGGCGUCGGACCCAUCGGCGGUACCACCAGCACAUCCUCAAGCAUGACGAGCUCGAUGAGCUCAACGAGCUCAACCAGUGCAUCCAGUACAAGCAUCACCAGCACCGGUAGCCCCAUCAUGGCGAGCAGUUCAACAUCGUCAAGCAGCGCGGCUGGAUCGAGCACCACGGUGGGCGCCACCACUUCAUCCGUUGCGUCGACGACCGUCGCAAGCACCUCAACGACCACAUCAGCCAACGGCAAUCUCCCAACCACCACCCUUGAUGUCCGCGGACUAGACUACCAGAGUGCCAUCCUCGAAGCCCACAAUAUUCACCGAGCCAACCAUUCGGCCGCGGCAUUGACCUGGAACGCACAGAUGGCCACCUACGCCGCGGAGACUGCCGCCAAGUGCGUGUACGGACACGAUCUGACUCCUGGCGGUGGUGGCUAUGGCCAGAACAUUGGCGCAGGCUACACAGCUGCACAAGUACCCGCCAUGAUCGGCAAUGAUAUGUACAACCACGAGAUGCCCUACUACCCAUUGCCGUAUGGCGUCAACAACCCAGAUACCAGCAACUUCGGCGCGUGGGGACAUUUCUCGCAGAUUGUCUGGAAGGGAACCACUAGCGUUGGAUGUGCCACGCAGGUGUGCCCUACGCUCCAGGGAGCCACUUUCACCCAGUACUUCACCGUGUGCAACUACUAUCCCCCUGGCAACAUUGGUGGCGCGUACUCCAACGUUGGCGCUCCUCUCGGUCAGGAUGUUGUCUUCAUCCAGACUUAAGGGAGUGAUGGCUGCUUAAUUUGUUAGAUUCGUUCUCUUCUCUUAGCUGAUUACUUGUAGCGGGGGGCGUGGAGCUGGUGGUCUCAAUAAGCAAAGGCUGUGUCAAAAGUGCCCCGGCAUUGACAUUACAUUCGAACUUGUAUCAGCAUUUUCUAGGUUCUUUUUGGUAGCAGAGGUGUUUUUCUUCCUCCUAGGAGGAAUUGAAGAAGGAGGCUUUGCAUUUGAGCGCGGGCUCGCAGCUUCUUAUAUAGUUCGUAGGAAAUCCAAUGAAAUGAUGAUAACCCAACACACACAA